AUGGAAUAUGACACAACAUUGGUUGUAUGCGCAUCUACUGUUGGCCAUGUAAUUGACGCUUUAAUGGAGAAGUACCCUUCAGCAAAAGACACUUCUGAUUGUACUAUGUGUAAACAUAAAACUGAACGAAAAAUGAUGCAUUUUACAUUCCAAAUGAAUUAUGAUGAUAGUAUUUCCACAUUACAAAAUUUCUUAGAUGAGCGUUUAGUUAAUGACUUUUUAAUUUGCGGCAAUAAUGACUGCCGAGGUAUUAAGACAGUCACUACUAUCAUUUCAGAAAUGCAUAUAUUUAUAGAUAUACUUCUUUGGGAAGGCGAAGAUGCCGUUUCCAGCCAUCGCAGUAGUGAGGCAGCAACUAUAUUUAAAAUAAAGUUGUGUGACAUCCCGGAAAUAAUAACAGUGAAAUCUGCAGUGUAUGAACUGAGAGGUGUUUUAGCAUUUCAAAGGCCUAAAAGUUCAUUGAGAAAUUCAGUUGGACACUACACCACUUAUGUAAAAAGAGGAUCAAGAAAUUGGGAACUAUAUGAUGACCUUAAAAAAAAUGCCUAUUCAUUUUAA